AUGUCAUUUGUUCGUGUGGCGUCGCGGCGACUGCCGCUGGCGAAGAGAGUGGUCUCCGCGGUUGAGUCACCGCUGCAGCGGCGGUAUUUGUCUGCGACUUCAGGAGCUCAGAAUGCUGUGAUCACCCCCGAUCCUGCUGCCGACUCCGUCUCCGUCGCUUUCGUCAAUGAGCGCGCACCGUACCUUGUUCCUACCUACGUUCGACCGAACCCGAUUAUGGUCAAGGGACAAGGAUGCUACUUGUGGGAUAUGGAGAACAGGCGGUACCUGGAUCUUACAGCCGGUAUUGCUGUAAACUCUCUCGGUCACUGCGAUCCGGAGAUCGCAAAGAUUAUUGCCGAGCAGGCCGAGACCCUUCUUCACGCCUCCAACCUCUACCAUAACGCCUGGGUUGGUGCUCUCAGCCAAGACCUCAUCACAUUAACCCGCGAGUCUGGUGGCAUGCGCGAUGCCGCUCAAGUCUUCAUCUCCAACUCCGGCACCGAGGCAAACGAGGCGGCCAUCAAGUUCGCCCGUAAGACCGGACGUGCCCGCGACCCGUCUGGCGCAAAGCACGAGGUCGUAUCCUUCCAGAACUCAUUCCACGGCCGUACAAUGGGCGCCCUCUCCGCUACACCAAACCCGAAAUACCAGACUCCCUUCUCGCCGAUGCUCCCCGGCUUCAAGUACGGAACAUACAACGAUAUCCCCCAGUUGCAAGAACUCGUCACCGAGAAGACCUGCGGUGUGAUCGUCGAACCCAUCCAGGGUGAGGGUGGUGUCAACGUUGCUACCCCCGAGUUCCUCAGUGCUCUGCGCAAGCGCUGCGAUGAGGUCGGGGCCGUUCUGAUCUUUGAUGAGAUUCAGUGCGGACUUUCUCGAACCGGCAGUUUCUGGGCUCACUCCCACCCCUCUUUCGCGCCUGCAUCCGGUGAGGCUGCACACCCCGACAUCCUCACCACCGCCAAGGCGCUGGGCAACGGUAUCCCCAUCGGCGCCACCCUCGUCUCCGGCAAGACCGUGGCCGACAACAUCAAGGCCGGCGAUCACGGUACCACCUUCGGUGGUAACCCUCUUGCCUGCCGCGUUGCACACCACAUUAUUCACCGCCUUGCCUCUCCAGAACUGCAAAAGUCCGUCCAGGAGAAGUCCGAGCUGCUAGUCUCUGGCUUCAAGGACCUGCAGAAGAAGUACCCUAACCUCGUCUCUGAGGUUCGCGGACGUGGUCUUAUUCUCGGCCUCCAGCUCUCUGGGGCCUUCGCCCCCAAGGCAUCAGAAAUUGUCACCGCCGCGCGUGAACGGGGCAUGCUAAUUAUCACCGCUGGUGACGGGUGUCUCCGGUUCGUCCCUCCUUUGACCAUCACCGCGGAGCAGCUGAAGACCGGCCUGAAAACCUUAGAGCAGGCCUUUGAAGCGGUUUCGAAGGCUUAG